AUAUGCAAAUAGAGUCAUUUUGUAUGAAGAAAUAAUUUAAAUUUAGAAUACCUGACUCAUGCCCAUAGAUUUACUGUUGCUCAAAUUUGGAAUGGAAAUCUAGUCAAAUCCAUUUGCUUUUGAUGGUUUUAAAUUAAUUAGAUUUGACGCUCUUUUAGCAUUAUAUCGGAUAUCGCCUGUAUCUGUAAUGUCUUUUACAUUAUCCAUAAAAACGGUGGACGAGGAAAACUGUUGUUCUUGUUAGAGAGAUUAGAGCUCGCAGACAUGUUAAUCUGGAUUAGUCCACUGUCCACAGAGCGCGCGCAUGUGUGCCAUCAGUGAUCAACUUCGGUUUUACCCUCUGUCACGUUUCAAGAAAUCUAGACACUGAUGCAGCACGUCUUUACUGCUAAAUCACAAUUAUGUAAGGGAUACUGAACAGACAGCCGGUCAUUAUAACAAGAAAAAACCCCCCUCUUCAUCCGGGUUAUCCAAGAACCCCCUCCUGAUAACCCUUUCAGAGUUUAUUUUGCGAUAUCUGGAUGCACAUUUAUCCUGCUUGCCAAAUAAACAUAUACAUAAAAUAUUGUUUUGAGUUGAAAUUACGCAUUUCUUCCUUUCUUCCAAACUUCUUAAAUGUUCUGUCAUGUUGUUUUCAACAGCAGAUUUAUAGCUCCCUCUCUUGAGAGGAACAUGCACAACUUAGUCCAAAUACGUGGAAAACGUUAUCUCUACCCACCAUAUAACCAACUUGCAUAGUGUCUUUCUGGUCAAAUAUGAGCAAGCCUUAACACAAACAAGAGAAGUGGAUCAGCGUUUAGGAUGAUGCAUUCAAGAUUAAAAUUAAUUUAACAACAUAUAGUGGCAAGCAUAUACAGUGCACCUUCCUACACAAGUGGAUAGUUCUAAAAGCGUUCCUGCCCCUGACGGUUUGGAUGCGUAAAGGAUGCUGGCAUGCAAGGGAUCAUCUGGGACGGGGGUGAGAUACAAACUGACUCUGGCUACAGGACUGCUGGAGUGCUUGUGUUUUGCUGGAGUCGUGUUUGGUUGGGCGUCUCUCGUGUUUGUCCUAAAGACAGAUGGUUACUUCAGCGAUUUGUGCAUCAAUGCGACAGACGCUAGUGGAGAACUUGGCACAGAUUGCAGUCUGCAAGAUGAGAAUUUCUCAUUGGUUUUUACCGUGGCCUCCUUCAUGAACAACUUUCUCACUCUGCCCAACGGAUUCAUCUACGACCAUUUUGGCACGAUGGCAACGCGAUUUUUGGCUAUAAUUCUUUAUACCACCGGCACUCUUAUUGUGGCAUUGUCCAAUAAAGCUCUCUCUAUCUUGCUUUUUCCUGCUUUGUCCUUCGUUGCUGUGGGAGGUAUUUUAUUUCUAAUGACAAAUAUGCAGGUUGGGAAUCUUUUUGGCUCUCAUAGAUCGACAAUUAUUACAGUCUAUAAUGGGGCCUUUGACUCUUCGUCAGUUAUCUUUCUUAUCAUCAAGGUGCUCUAUGAGAGAGGGGUUUCUCUUCGCUCCUCAUUUCUCUUCCUCUCGGCCUGUAAUCUCAUUCAUCUCCUCCGGACUCUUUUCCUUAUGCCAAAAUCACACAUUCCCUAUCCCAUCCCGGACGACUACAAAUAUGGGAUGAGCUGUGCUAAAUCACAUAGCUACAAUGUUGAACAGUAUGAGGCAGAGCGAGACCCGAGUUCGGACAGAGGCAGAGGUGUAGCUGAUGAGCCACUGGAGACAACAGACAACUCUGAGAAAGACAGUUUUAGGAGCUGUGUUCUGUCCUGGUUCUUCCUGUGGCACCUCAUAUGGCUGUCAGUCAUGCAGCUGCGGCAUUAUUUCUUCAUUGGAACUCUGAAUCCAAUGCUGAACAGACUGGCCAACCAAGACCCAGGCACUGUGAGUGAGUACACCAAUGCAUUUGCUUUCACCCAGCUCUGUGGAGUUCUCUGUGCUCCCUGGAAUGGACUGCUAAUGGACAGACACAAAAGAAAACCCCUAGAUCCAGGUGUGUCUGAACGGGAAGCAGACCUGCGCUCGUCUGUUCUGUCUCUCCUCCUCACCUCUCUGCAGUGCCUAUUGUUCUCCAUCUGUGCAAGCAUUCCCUUCCUCCCUCUCCAGUGCGGCACGUUCAUCCUUCAGGUGCUUAACCGCUCUUUUCUGUACGGAGGGAAUGCUGCAUUCAUCAGCAUAGCGUUUCCUGCCCGUCAUUUUGGAAAGCUGUAUGGUCUAGUGAUGUCCCUAUCAGCUGUGGUGUCAUUGCUGCAGUAUCCCUGCUUCGCCCUCAACAAAGUUCUUGGAGGAGACCCCUUCUAUGUGAACAUCAUCUUGACUGUCCUGACUCUACUGGCUUUCAUUCAUCCUGUCUAUGUGUUUCUUCACUGCAGAGAGCUGGCAAAACAGCGAGAGAAUUCACAGAGUAUUUUAGAAGCCUCCAUACAGGAAACAUCAAUGUAUUAAUUUAAAUCUAUAGACAUACUUGAUUAAUGCAUGCGAUUAAGCAAAUCUAUCUAGGCCUUAGCUUUUGUGAUUGACAAAGGGAACAUUAAUAAGCAUUGUGAUUCUUGUGUAUUAAAUUUUACCCCCAUUAUAUUUUAGAGAUUUAAAUACUUGAAAAUAAGAGUUAACAGUAAGCAAUUAAAUUAAGUCCAUUUAAUUUAAUCAGUUAUUGAAUAUUUACAAUCUUUAGGAGUACAGAAAUAACAGUCAAAAUAUUGACUUUUUUUUUUAUAGUUCACUGUUGGCAAGAACAGAUAUUAUUUGUUUCAACAAUGAUUAAGGAGCAAGGGUAGAUCACAUGGGUGUCAGAAAAAUACGGAUCUUUACACAGGAUCUCCAGACUCUUCCAGAGUUGUGUGAUAUCCAGUUUUGCAUGUUAACAUCCUGUUCCCACAGGGAAAGCAUUAUCAGUCCUAAAAGCAUCAUACAGGAACUCUAGACCCAUUAACCAGUGGUUUACCUUCCAAAACACACAUAAUACUGAUUUAUAUCUGGCACUGCAGUGUAAGUCCACAGUAACCAUUUACAUCAUACAGUUUCCAGUAGUUAUUAAUUAAUGUCCAUUCAGGGGUUAUAGCAUGUUUUAUAAAUAAUGUGGGCUACAGCUAUGCAUCCUUAUAAUUCUGACAAAUUGUGGACACAUGGAAAAUUCCUUAACAACAUAUAUUUUUAAUUUCAGACCAAAAUGUUGAAAUAAAUGAUAUAAGAAACACACUUUUCCUCUUUGUCAUAAAAACAAGCAAAUGUGUGAAAUAAAGGUCCCUGUAUG